AUGUAUAACUCUAGGAGUUCAAGAGAGAGUGAUUACACGAGAAAAAUGAAAAUUGUUCGGCCGUUUGUGUGGAAAACAGAAGCAAGAAAUAUGCCCUAUGUAACAACAUUUGUAACAGCCAAAUCAACUGGACAGACUCAAAUGCAUCAAAGAAAUAUAGCCCUAAAUAAUUUGCCACCACCAAUCCAAUACUCUCAGUCACAAGUUCAAAAUCCAGUUUCUGAAUUUUCAGAGGUAUUUAAAAUCAAAGAUAAAAGUAGUUUGAUUAAAAACAUUGAUGGUCAUUGUGUUGAUGAAUCAAUAACUGGAAAAACAGAAAUCAAAUGGCCAACCAAACGUAAAAUUAAUAAGAAAGAACAAAAAAAGCGAAUCAAUGCCCGAAAGCGAAGUUUAGUAUGUCCCAAGAGUCCAUUAAUGGUAUUUUAUGAGUUGUAUAAAGAUGUACCAAUUAAAUUAGAAGGUCGUCUACAUAACAAUAGCUUUGCGGUUUUUACUGCUUCAAUUGAAAUUGAUGGACAAGUUUAUACUGGAGAUCAUGUUUCUAAAUCUCAAGCAAAACAAAAAGCAUGUGAAAAUUUUUUGCGUGAUACGUUGAAAAAAAAAAUUAAUGAAAGACCAGAAAAAAAAGUUGAAUAUUUUGAGAAAUCAAAAGUGGAGGAUGAAUGUGUUACAUCGUCAAAACCUAAAGGACCAUCUGAGGAAGAUUUCCCAUGGCCACAUUUUGGUUCAUUGGCUAUGCACAAUUUGAUAACUCAAUGGGAAUUACAGCCAGUUUCAAAAGUUAUACCAGAAGAAACAGUAAGACCUCUACCUAAGGUUGGUGGUAUGAAAAAAUUUCCUAAUAAACCAGAAAAUUAUAACCCUGUACAAUUAUUGUAUCAAAUGACACCGGGUAUUCAAUUCACUGAAACAACAAUUCGUUCUAACAUCCCAUCAUGUUUUGAAAUAAAAUGCGAAAUGGAUGGUGUUUCGUUUACCGGAAAAGGAUCAACAAAAAAGGCUGCUAAAAAAGAGUGUGCUAUUGCAACAAUCAAAUAUUUUUGGAAUUUUGAUUUUCACACUGUAGAGAACAAAUGA